AUGUCUACGGAAGUCUCAGACACUGCUACCGAAAUCGUUGCGCUUAAUUUGUGCAAGGAGACCAGCGAGGAUGAAGAGGCGCACCUGCGCAAAAUGUCCGAGGAGGCCUCAUUAAUGGUCGAAAUGAGUGAAAUCGUUAAAGAAGUGAUCGAGGCGCUUGAGGGUCCCACACCGACGACGACAUACCCGACCGAUGAAGAAAUGACGGCGGCGUUGGCGUGCAACACGGAGACAGCGCCCGCCGUCGUGCCGGAAGUGAUGUGCUCACCGUCGGACUCGGCCGUCUCCGAGCCGAGCGCCGACGUUGAGGUCGUUAUUGCGAGAGUGGCGACGCGCGAUCGAACGCGCAACAAGAAUUUCAGCAUUCUCAUCGAUCGCUAUUUGGAGCAGACCGGCUACAAUUUGUAUCCGACGCGCGGCGAGAAGUGUAAGUUGGCGCACGACCUGAAUGUGCCGUACAACCAGGUCAACAGAUGGUUUGCCAAUCGCCGCCGCAAACACACAAAAAUGACCAAAAAACUGCCGACGUCGGCGUCGUCACCUGAAGCGACGCCAUCGAAUCGCAUCAGCGCUGCCGCUGUUGCCGCUGCAGUCGCCGCUGCCGCCGCCGCCUCCGCUGCUGCUUCUGCUAAUAAGGAGGAUAUUUGCGAUUCGACAAACGCAGACACGAACAGCGCUAUUCUGGGCGAAAUCCCAAUCGAAGAUCGCGAGCCGUACGCCACCGACCUUACUUUCCACGUUCCACGUGCCGCUAGUACUCCAGGAGACAUGAGUGUCCAGCCAACUGAGGAGGCUGCUUCUGUCGCUCCAGCUGCACCAGCUCAACCGGGAGAGGCGAAUCCAACGGAAUCGCUGAUCAAUUUAAGUUUGAUUCAAACUAACCCUCAACUACUCUACAAACUCGUCAUGGUCGCCUUAAACGGAAAUCCAUCAGCUGGGGAUAUGAACUCGUUGACAUAUUCCUUGUUGCAGGCCGGUGUCGCUCAUAAUGGCGACGCUUCGCAGAUGAUGCAGAGCAUCAACAAGCUUCUGCUUCUUCAGAAGAACCCGUCGGAUUUGCUGAUGGCUGCGAUGCUCAAUCAGCAGCAGCAAUUCCAGCAGGUGGCCCAACAGCAGCCGCAGGUGCCGUCGCCGGAUGCGGUGAACAACGCGUACCAACAAAUGCAGAUGCUGCUUCUGCAUCAGCAUUUCGCGCAGCAGAACAACAUGGCGAAUAUGGAGUUGGCGAACAACUACCAGGAGCCGAUGUACGGAGCGUCGAGCAUCUCGGCGUCGCCGAUGGUCAAUUCGGACUCGGACAUGACCGAGUUCACCAUCGCUUCGCCGGACUCGGAGAUGUAUCAUCAUCAAGUGCCGAUGCAUCAAGAGUUGUACGGCGAACCGUCGGACGAUCGUAUUAGGUCGCCACCGUUUAAGGACCCCCACCAGAUUGCGGAUCCGGAGACGUCGAGACUCUUGAAUGCGGUUCCGACGGAUCGUGCCGAAUUGCGCACUAUGACGACGGGGCGCCUUCGCGAAGAAUACGCGCUGCUCACCGUCGAUGAGCAGAUCGCGGUGACUGGCUUGUGCGAGCUCGCUUCACUUUAA